ACAAUAUUAACCACAAUUAAUUUUUUAUUAUAUAAAUACUCGACAAGGUUUAUAAAGAAAACAUUUAUUACAUUAAAAAUUACAUUACAUAGCUUAAACACAAUAAUACAUCAACUUAAAUUAUUCAUUAGAAUUAGUAUAAUUUUCCCACAAAUGAUCAACUAAUGCAUUUCGAAGUAAGAAAUGAGCUUCUUUAUCUUUGAUUUUUCUGAAACGGGAAAGAAACUCUUGGAAUGUCGCAUUAUUAUUUCCUACAAUUUCAACUUCUGGAGACGGAACUUCUCUUUCAACUUCAAUUGGCGCCUCGAGAUCACGUUCAUCCUCGAUUAUCAUGUUAUGUAAGAUGAUACUUGUAGUCACAAUAUCAUGGAGUACAUCUGUUAUGUUUUAUGUUAUAUAUAUUUUGUUGCAUAAAAUAGUUCAUUAGAUGGCUAUAUAUAUAAUUAAAAAAUGUUAACAGUAAAUUUUAUAAUAUAUAUAGUAAAAUAAUAUUAAUAUACUUAUUUAUAACAAUUUUACUGAAAAUGAAAAUAUUUAAAUGUGGAGGACCAUUUUAUAAAUAAAAAAGUUCAACUCCAUUUUGGAAUAAUGAGUUGGUUUACUCCAUAUUAGGAGUAAUCAUGUCUAUUACUCUAAUUUGGAGUGGAAUUGAAGAUGAUUUUAUUGCAAAAUGGAAUUUGGAGUGGGUUUUGGAGUAGGGUUGAAGAUGCUCUUAACAAAGGACCAUUAGAGAAAAAUAGUUUUACCAAUACCAUCAUGCAACCAAAUAACUUUGUAAAUAUAAAAUUAGACCGGAAAGAAAAACAUAUUAAAGCACUAAUGUUGUGUCUCUAAAUACACUAUAAAACAUAUCAUUUGCUCCAAACAUGUUCUGAAAUUUCGAAUUGUUUUCAAACCAUUGUUUAUUUAUGACGGUUGGUCGGUUGCUCACUGAAAUACAUCUAUAAGACUAUACAUAGCAACCAUUGCAUGGUAAACAUAUAAUAUAUCCAAAGUGCUAAAAAUUUCCCAACAAAGAUAGUUGUAGGUUCGUUGAGGACCGUUCCGCUAACCCAUCUUCUCGUCUAAUCACCUUUAUAAAUACACAUCAACCACAUACUCAAAUUCAAACCACAGCGCUUUCUAAACCGGGUAUUAAUUGGACUCAGACAUGACAGGUAACGCUGGUUUAGUUAACCUGGAAACUGAGGAAGAGAAACAAGAAGCAAACGAACCUAAACAACGCAGUGGAGAGGAAGACUGCGAGGAAGAUGACUUGUUCGAGAUAAACCUGGAGGCCGUGAGUGAUGCCAAGUCGUCUCGGCGGUAUGAAUGUCAGAGAUUUCCGGCAAGGACAGGGAGCGUUUUACUAGCGAACUGUCUGUUACCAGCUGCGGACAUCUCCGGUGCCGUGCCGGCGACGUCAAGGGCUUGGAAUGAUUUGGUUUGGUUUAGAAGGCUCCUCUAUGUUGAAAAUCUAGGGACUGAUAGUAAGAAGCUUAAUUAUUUUUGAAAACAAGGAAUUACGUUUUCUUUUUUGUAAUAUAUUCUACUUGUAUCUGUAAUGUAUUUACUUGUAAUCAUCUUUGUAUAUCUGAGUUGCAAGUCUUGAUCACAACAAAUGAGUUGAGAUAUGUUUGCUUGAUCCAAAUCAUCAAACAUCUAAGCUGAUUUGCUAAACGUGGAAAAUGAGUAGAUCAAGAACAUUCGCGUAAACCUAUCUUGUUACAAAGAUAUGAGAAUUGGGAAAAAUAUAUAGGCCAAGCAGAGGUUUAUUCCCAAGUCAAUUUCAGCACCUAAGAUUAGAUUAUGCCUUUAUAAAACACUCUCUCCCUCUUAUUCUGGCAUUAAGAGUAGGAGACGAUACUGAAACACCUAAUCCAGAUGCUAAACCAACUCAUCUUCAUAAUCCAGAUGCUAAACCAACUCCUUGCCUCCCUAACAGUGUCAAGCAUUGCUACUUGGAUCUAAAUGGACAAUCAAAGCUAAAACACAUCUCAUAACUUCUUACCAAAAGCAUAUGGCAAAAGAAACACUUUAAAAAAACAAAAGGCAUAUAAGCAUUUUGUUAUUCAUUCGUUCACUGCAUGAUGAACAUUCGGAUACUAUCCAUAUAUAGUAUCAUCAAAGAGAACAUCUUGAUGAAUUGUGUCAAAAUAUAAUUUACCUCUGAAAAAUCAAAGUGAAAGAUACAAACUUUGAAUCAAAUUCUCAUUAACAUAUCUCUAAAAUUUACCAAAAAAAAAAAGAGAGCCUUUACACCUGGCUAAAUCAUAAACAGAG